GUAAUUAAAAAAAUAAUAAUUAUGUUUAGGUUUUUACGUAACAGAAAGUCCCACCACUUCGACUUCCUUAUGGGAAUCUCGGGUUUAGGGCCAGGCAUGUGGCCCUUUCGUGGUAGUGUCGUUUUCAAACACCUGCAGAAGCAUGAUGCUCACACCAACAGAGCCAGAUCACACCUUGUGUUGGAGCAUGCCAGUUUCCCAUGGGACCCCCUGGCCUAGGUGUCAUCCCUGCUCCCAGAGCUUCUCAGGACCCAAGGUGGCUCUCAGGAGGUGACACUUCACACCCCUCACCACAUAUAUUGAGCAGCCUCCUUCUCUCCUUUCAUAAUCCAGCGCAUCCUUCUACAGCAACUGACUGACAAGCCACCACUGCGGCUUCAGCCUACGACUGCACCAGUGAUACCUCGCCUGCAACAUGGAAACGUCCUACUGUUCUCCUCUACAGCUACAGGAGAACUCCUUGUUCUUUGAUUAUGACCUUCUUCUAGAAAAGUCUCCAGCUUGUGAUCCAGCCUCAGAUCCUGGUUAUGUCAGUGCAGGCAGCAGCCUUUCUCCUACCUCCUCGGUGGACUCCUUCUGCUUCUCCCCAGCCUCCCUCCAGGCCUUAGGAAAAGAGCAAGAUGCCUUGAACUGUUUCCUCCUGAGCAGCAGCGUGGAGCCUCAACCGUCCCAACAAAUGGAGAGCAUCCUUCCCUCAAGGCAUUCCUCUUCAUCUAUCGCCCCCACGAAGAAGUCCAGGUCCAGGUACCCGAGCAAAAAGAGGGAGACCGCAAGCGAGAGGGAGAAGCUGAGGAUGAGGGACCUGACCAAAGCGUUGCAUCUGCUCAGGACAUACCUUCCUCCCUCCAUGGCGCCAGCUGGACAGGCCUUAACGAAGAUCGAGACGCUGCGCCUCACCAUUCGAUACAUCUCUUACCUGUCAGAGCAGCUGGGUCUCAGCCAGGAGACGCUGGAGCAGAGGAGAUCCUCAGGCUUUGGGGAGCAGGUCCAAGUCCUCGGCCAGUUCCUGGACCAAUCACCAGCUGUGAACGCGGAGCAGCCGUCUUCCCUGCACCAUUCAUAUCAGGGUUUAAGUGAAGGUUACUUCACCAGCGAGCAGUUCUGGAAUCACCAGGAGCCGUCAGAACCUUUCACAUUCACUGGACAAUUUUGAAACUGCAAAGACCAAUGUACGCAAUGCAAUUUAUUGCAAAAGUAAACUAAUAUAUGGACUGAACUUCUCAUGCUUCUUAUGUUGGAAAAAAUAUAUUCUGUUUUUUUACUUACUUUUGUACAUAGAAGUGUGUAUUUAUUGAGUUUUUACACUGUGAAGAGAAUAAACAUUAUUUAUCAUGAAAGCCCUUGUUGGUUCAUUGACUCUAAGCCCAAAUGUUGCCCUAAACACAUUACUCACACCCACUGUUUGGCCUGGGAU